AUGGGAAUCGUACAAAAAAUUUGCGAACUUGGCAGGCAGCAUAUUGAUGAGCAAGCCACUUCUGCCAUUCCAGGCUACCGAGCGAGCACCAGCGUUGCCAAGCGGCGCACCGCAGCUCUCGGACAACGGCUUCCCAUUUCUUCAAUACUAGGGCAAGAUUUACCACCGACGGAGACUAUGCACUCGUUGCUUGAGGACUACUUUGAUGCUGUCCAUUGGUUUUCUCUUGCUAUUUAUGAACCUACCUUUCGCAGGAAACUCCUGUCCGUAGCCGAUGGGCUUGCCUAUCCCUCCCAGAAAUCAUUCUUGUUGCUCCUUGCAGUUGUACUGGGUAUGGGGGCGUGGUAUCGAUCCCAAAGGAGGACGACUGAUUUGACCGACAAUGGCGAUUGGCAACAAUUGAGUGCAGACCUCUUGAAGAUCGUCGAGUCGCAUAUUGUUGAGUUGAUGGACCAACCUUCCGUCACAGCGGCCCAGAUAUGCAUCCUUUUCGGGUCAUACCACGUCUAUCACGGGCGUCCGAAUCUCUCCUUCUCGCUACUUGGUGCGACUAUCAAGAUAUCCCAGGCGGCAGGGCUGCACCGUGAACCCCCGAGGGGCAACUUUGAGGAUAUCGAAGAAAGGAAACGCGUAUGGUGGACCAUUUACACCUGGGAUCGAUUUGCGUCGAUCACAUACGGCCGACCACUAGGAAUUAACGACAAGGACUGCAAUCUCAACAUGCCAGCGGAUAUUUUUGAAAAUCCCUACUUUGUUGUCCCGAGAUCAGAGCAAGGAUAUACUGUCUGUUACUCCACGUAUCAAAGGGAAUUGAAUCGUCUCUACCUUAUGGCGUCCACUGCCCUGGAGGCAAUUUUCGGUUCGCGGACGUCAGGCUCGUCCGAGGAGCUGGCGGGGGACGCAUACGUUGCGCUCGUAAAAGAAGCGACUCAAAACCUUCAGAGAUGGCGGGAUGAAUUACCUGAGCAUCUAGUCCUAGACCUCGAGAAGGAUUUCCUGCCUGACAGUGGCCUCAGUGCGAGGGCACAUGCCUUACAAUCGCUGUCCCUGCAAUUGACCUACGAUAAUAUUCUCAUCGUCCUUCACCGGCCUUUAUUGGCAAGACAAGUUGAUCACCUAUCGACCAAUCGUCACGCUGCUAGCCGAAGCGGCGGGAUAGAUUCCCCCGGCUGCCAUCGGAGCGGGCCAUCACCAGCACAAAGAGACCCAGCAUUUGAUGCUGUAUCACCGAAUGCAUCUGUCACAAGUCCUGUGCACUGGUGGAAUGCCGCCUUGAGAACAUCCAGGGUGACUGAGUUACCAGUCCUAGCUCAGCUUGCGACGGAUAGUCACUUGGUUGCCUUCUUGGCCAUAAAUCUAUUCAACGCAGCAAUUGUGUUGGCGGUCAUGGCUCUGUCAGAUCCGCUCUCCGACACGGCACAGGUCGUCAAGCGGACAAUUACUCGUAUCUUGCGUCUGCAGGAUCUUCUUGGAAAGCGCUCGGCAUUGUCGAAGCAGAGUACGACGGUUUUGAAGAAUGUGGUCACAUUGCUUCUUCGCCGUGAGUCAGAGGCUAUUCUGGCUCCAAUUACGACCAACAAUCAACAAGAAGGUCACCAGUCUUUAAUGUACUCUGCACCAAUGUCGGUGGAAGAUACCCUCCGACUCCCCCUCGACGCGACACUUGAUUUUUUCGAUGCCCCGGCGCGACGGCCGGCAUGGCCAGACCAGAGCAGGGCUCAGCGCCUGAACGAAAGUUUAGCAUCAGUUCAAUUCGGUGAGAGACUUUACGUUUUUCUGACAAAUAGCUUCGCGAUAGGAAAUGCUGAUCUGUGGCUUUGGCUCCAGUCGUUCCCUCCGGCAAUGAUGAUCAUUCCUUCAACUGGUAUGCGAGUGGAGACACUCACCAAGCUCGUGGCACCGUUCAGGACACGUUACGACCAGACGAUGCAUGGCAGCAAUCUACCCCGAAUGAAUGGCAUGACCCCAGCGUUUCUCUUGGGGCAAUGGAAACCGCCACCUACGGGACAGGUGAACGAGGGUUAUACUGGCUAUGGGAUAUGUCAUGGAAUGGAACGGAGUCAUAGGCUUUACGCAUUCGCCUGA